GGCGGCUUACAUAUGUAUGUACUUGUGCACAUGCUGUACUUGCAGUAUAUUCGCCAUAAACUAUUUUUCUUAAAAUGGCAAAUUAUAAUAAAUUGUGGUGGUUACUUUUUGAAAUUUCAAUCUUCAACGUAUUCACAAUUAGUGGUUUCAAUAUUGAUACACGAUAUCCCAUUAUAAUCAAAAACUCUGCCGAUGGUACUGAUAGUCACUUUGGAACCACCGUGGUCUUGAUUAAUGAAAAAGACCCAGGCGUCAUUGUGGGGUCACCACGAUCAAAUUCAACACAUCCUGGACAUUCUCAAAUAUCUGAACCUGGGGUAGUUUGGCAAUGCUCAUUUCAAAAAUCUGGAAACAAUUGUCGUGUGGUAGUGAUGGAUCCAACGGGUAAUGUCCGGGAUCCAUUCCACACUAACGUGAUUGAUAGAAAAGACGGAGGAUGGCUGGGUGGGGCUUUGGCGGAGGACGCGGAUUAUUUCAUUGCGUGUGGAAGUCGCUGGCAAAAUCAGUUUUCAGCCGCAACCACGGACUAUUACAUGAACGGUAUAUGCUAUACGCGACCAAAAAGCGACAUAUUUCGUGACCCACUUCCCCCAGUUUCUCCAGAGUCAAGACUGCUUACAAUUACCGAUCCAAUCAAUCAACACAAGAACAUUUGGGUAUCUGGUCAGGCUGGAUUUUCGGUUCAUUCCCCUCCACAGGGUCACGAGGUGCUACUAGGGUCGCCUGGAGUACAAAACUGGAAAGGAAGUGUCAUUAGAUUGUCGAAAGAUGUCAAUAAUGGAAACAAACUGGUUAACCCUCAUGUUUUUAACGACGAAUUGACCACUCUAAACUUACAGAACGACAGUUAUUUCGGAUUUGCUGUAGCUUCUGGAAAGUUUCGGAAGAACAACAACGAAAAUACAGAGAUUCAGUACGUUUCAGGUGCGCCACGAGGGCAUGAUUUGAGAGGACGUGUUGUCCUGUUCCGAAUCCCUCUUGUCACGUCUUCUGAUAUCCUCGCUGACUUGCAAGGAACUCAAAUAGGAUCUUAUUUCGGAUCUGCUUUAUGCGUAGCAGACUUAAAUGCUGACGGUUGGGACGAUCUUUUAGUGGGGGCCCCGCUUUACAGUGUUGAGUAUAAAAGCCCGAGAGGUAACCAAAAAAAGUUAGAAAUGAGAUCCAUCGGAGGCAAGGGUGACGAGGGGACAGUUUUUGUUUACCUUAACAAUAAAGGGCUAGAUUUUCAAACUCCUACAAGAAUUAACGGACCUCUCUCAUGGUCACAUUUUGGAACUGCAAUAGCAAAACUUGGCGAUAUUAACAAUGAUGGAUAUGAUGAUAUUGCUGUCGGUGCCCCCUAUGCAAGGGAUGGUUCCGGAGUAGUUUACAUCUAUCAUGGAGCAUCAACUGGCAUACUGAAGGACCACGCUCAAGAAAUUGAGGGCAAGUCACUGGACACCUGGGUUAAAGGUUUUGGCUAUAGCCUUUCUUCAGGGAAGGAUAUUGAUCUUAAUGGAUAUAAUGACUUGGCCAUCGGAGCAUACGAUUCUGGACAUGUUGUAGUUUUGAGAUCCCGACCUGUCGUUUCAGUGUUUGGUGAGGUGCGUUCAACAGAAAAAAAGAUAUCCUUUGAUGCAACUACAUUUGAGAUAGAGUCAUGUAUUCAGUACACUGGCACCGCUGCCCCAUCAAAACUUGAGUUUACGGUGAAAAUUAUGAUUGAUGUCCAAUCAUUUCCAAAAAGGGUAUUUCUUAAAUUCCCAGAAGAAAGCACCCAUGCGUCCGAACAUACGUACCAGGAAGAAAUUUAUGCAGGACAAGAAAGUUGCACAAAGUUAAUCGCCGUCGUUGUAAAUGACCUCGAAUCUACUGGCAAACCUAUCGAAAUAAAGCAAACUCUAAUUUCUAUUCCGGGAGACGUUUCGGAAAAUGACGAUGACAUUACUAGGUUUCCUACAUUCUAUGAAAUCACACGCUUUGGUGGGCAAGUAAAUACUCGUAUUUCUGGACCAGGAUACUCGGCUUUUUGCAAAAGUUGUCCACUAAUUGAUGCAGCGUCUUCGAAGACUAAGGAACUCGUUCUACCCUUGGCAGUACUUUGUGGGGAUGACGAUAUUUGUAAUUCAGAUUUGCGAAUUGAAGCUACAUUUUUGGAAAUAAGACCCGGCGAAUCUUUUAUCCUUGGAUCCUCCCCUGUGCUAACAAUGAUAGUGAAAAUUGACAAUUUUAAAGAAACUGCGAUUUCACCUGUGGUCAAGGUGGUAUGGAAUUCUAAAACUCUCAAGAAAACCCCACCAGAAUGCCAUACGCCGUGGUCUAAUGACUCGUUUACAGAAGUGACAUGUCCCUUGGGAAGAACACUUGAUCAAGAUAAAUUCAGAACAAUUUCUUUAGAAUUUGAUGUCGGAGAAAUUGACGCAGGGAGCAUGGAUGAGCUAUUGAUACAAAUUAGCGUGUCAACUGCAUCUGAAGUUGCAGAUGUCAAUACAUUGACAAAAAACAUUACAAUUCCUUUCAUUUCUCGAGCUGACUUAUAUAUUGAAGGGUCGAACUCGAGUGCAAAAUUCAAUCUGGAAACACUAAGCGUGAAGACAAGCUUUUUACACACGUAUGAGAUAAGAUUGGAUGGUCCGACUCCCAUUGCAGGAGCAAUUGUUAAUUUUCAAAUUCCAACUAGUGUAGAACAUCCUUCAACUCCAAGGACAAAAUUCGAUAUUGCGGAGCCAGUGACGACAAUAACUUCAAGAAGAACAACGAUAUCAUGUUAUCCUGAGUCAGGAGCUUUCAAAAAAUUCACCAGGCUCACCGUUUCAAGAAGCAUGGACAUUGAUGACUCUGAAUCGAACCCUGAGAUGACCGAAGACUAUGUUGUAGAUCAAGAAACAUUAAUUGAGGAUCAGGAGGAUGAGGACUUUACGUUGACGAAUUCCUCGGACCCUGCGGACAUCAAGUUGGGAGGUUCAUUAUGGAGAAAGGCGGGGGGCGAACUAGAAAUUGGUUGCAAUUCUUCAAAAUCUACCGUUAUAUGCAUGAGUGUGAGGUGUCGCAUCGUUAGCAUGAGUCCUGGCACAAGCGUCACGAUAAUGUUUCCAAUUCGGGUGGAAUCGAGCAGCUUAAAAAAUUUAUUCAAGAAAAGUAAAUUCUCAUCGGUAAAAUAUAUCAGCACAGGGGCGACUGUGAUUUUGGGGGUAGAUAAAAACAUUCAGCCAAUUUCACACAAGCCCGAUACAGCGAUUUCGGUUUCCGUAAUAGAAGAGGAAGUUGCUAAACCAGUUUCCCAUUUAAUUUACUUGUUGGGAAUAUUCAUUGGUUUUUUGAUAUUGGCUCUUAUCAUUUACUGCUUGUACAAGUCGGGACUAUUCAACCGGAAGAAGGCCAAACUUAUCAAUAAUCAGGCAGAAUCGGAAUCAUUACAAAAGAAGGAAUCACAAGUGGGCAAGGAUGAAGAUGAUAACGAUGACGAAUAAUGAACUCGUCGGUGUUUUAUAAAUGCAUUAUAUUUUAAUUUUUUGUGUAUCAAAUUUCAACAUGUGUGAUUAAAUGUAUGUACUCGAAAGAUAUCUAAUAA